AUGCUGUCUGUCCUGAGAGGCACACAGAGGUCCUUCCAGGUGGUACUCUUGUUCCUGGUGCUGGCCGUGUUCCUGAUGCUUGCUUUCCUGCCUGUGGACUUCAAACUACUCCCAUCGGACAAGGCCCAGGAACCACCAGUCACCAACAUCAUGUUCCUCAAGACACACAAGACAGCUAGCAGUACAGUGCUCAAUAUCCUUUACCGCUUUUCGGAGUCUCACAACCUGUCCACAGCGCUGCCCGAGGGCUCCAGCUUCCAUCUGGGCUACCCCUGGCUUUUUGUGACACGGUAUGUGGAGGGCAUGAAGCAGAGUGGCCACCUGAAUCAUCGCUUCAACAUCAUGUGCAACCACCUGCGGUUCAACCUGCCUGAGGUACAGAAAGUCAUGCCCAAUGACACUUUCUACUUCUCCAUCCUACGGAACCCGGUUUUUCAGCUGGAGUCUUCCUUCAUCUACUACAAGGACUACGUGCCUGCCUUCCAGAGAGUCAAGAGCCUGGACGAAUUCCUGGCAGAUCCAUGGAAGUACUACAAUGACAGUGUGGGCCUGAAGAAUGUCUACGCAAAAAACAACAUGUGGUUUGACUUUGGCUUCGAUAACAACGCCCCGGCUGAAAUGGCCUAUGUUCGCACGUGCCUCUCGGAGGUGGAGCGCCAAUUCCAUCUUGUGCUCAUUGCAGACCACUUUGAUGAGUCGAUGGUGCUGCUGCGCAGACGGCUGCGCUGGCAGCUGGAUGACGUCGUGUCCUUCAAGCUGAACGCGCGCAGCCAGCGCACCGUCUUGCACCUGAUGCCGGAGAGCCAGGAGCGUGUCAAGCACUGGUGUGCGCUGGACUGGCAGCUCUACCAGCAUUUCAACCGCACGUUUUGGGCCCAGCUGCAUGCGGAGCUAAGCCCACGCCGGCUCAGGGAAGAGCUGGAGCAGCUGCGGGUGAGGCGGCGCGAACUCACCACCCUGUGUCUUCAGGACCCCGAGCCCAAAAAUAAGACGCACAUAGAUGAUCCGAAUCUGCGUCCUUACCAGUCUGGAAAUGCCGAAAUUCUGGGCUACAACCUCAGGCGUGGUCUGGACAACACCACACUGCGCAUCUGUCAGAGGAUGGUGAUGCCAGAGGUUCAAUACAUGGCCCACCUGUACUCGCUGCAGUUUCCUGACAGGGCUCCUAAGAGCAUCCCAUUCCUGAAACAGUAG